AUGUCCGCGCAAUUCCCAGACGGUCACUUAGCUCUGAAAGAUCUUGCCGAUCACCUUAUCAAAGAAUUCAGGGGAAGGGAAAGGAACGUUGAUUUGGAUGCGGUAAUCACGCUUGGGCGAACUGCACUGGAAUGUACGCCACCAGAACACUCACAACGCCAUUAUGCCCUCAUCAAUCUCGCCGACCUCCUUUCCGAACGGUCCAAGAAGAAGAGAACGAAAGAGGAUUUGGACGAAGUAAUCAUGAUAAGACGAGUUGUGUCGGAAUACAUGGUCCCGAACGACCCACAUAGACAAAGAAUUCUUCUCGAACUCGACGACUGCCUUCACGAACGCUUCAGGAGGGAGGAUUCCAUGGCAGACCUGGAAGAGAUCAUAUCUCUUCGCCGGGCUGCAUUGGAACGUACUCCUCUGCCGGAUCGAUGCAGACCUCUUCUCGACCUCGCUAGUGCCCUUCACGAACAAUUUCAAAGACAAGGCCCAGCGAACAUCAUGAGUGAGGCUGUUAGCCUCGCGCAAGCUGCGUGGGAGCUUCACCGCCCAGGUCACCCAGAUCAUGUAUUAUCUCGAGACCUUCUCGCGAGUUAUCUCAAAACGAAGGUUAGAGCAGGGUCUGCUCCUGCUCAUGUGAAAGAACCAGGGGCUAGCUCUUCGGGCUUCAAUUCCCUUAAUAUCAAGCAAUUAAUCAAGAGGGCUGUUUCCAAAACAGUUGAAAAAAUUCCCCACCGUUUGUUGCACACGCCCACUGGCCUUUUGUGUAACCGGGAUGCGCAGGUAUCCCGUUUCGAGGGCAGCCAUCAGUACAAGCAACUGCUGUUGUCCACCUCUCCGCUCAACAGCCAGCAACUUGUAACGGAGAUCGAUGAUGUGCUCUCAGAGUUCUUUGAAUUUGCCACGCUGUCUCACAAGUGGGGGAUUCGCGAGCCGUGA